AUGGCAGAAGGUCUAGAUACUGGGCAGAUCAAAGACUGGCGGUCAAUAGUGACCCUGAUCAUUUUUUUCCUGACAAAUCUCACGGUGCUGUUCCCAUUCAGAGUGUCGCUGUUCUUUCCCACGCGGGUUUGGCAUGGUAUCCUGCAUCUGUUGAGAACCUUGCGCAUAGUCUCGCCUCGACGCCGGCACCUUGAGUAUGGCAACAUCAAUGACAGUACCGGCAAAGUCAAACCUUUUAUGCGCUUUCAGUUCCCCAUGAACUAUGUGACGGCACCUCUGCUGGCUGACCUCUUUUUACUUGCUAUCUCCGCCAUUGGUCGUCAAGAGGUUCACGAUGGAACGGUUGGGGCCGAUAAUAUCUCCCCCAUCGACAUAAUGGCCUUCUUCUUGACCCUGGCUUACAUUGCCGUCUCUAUCGACGCCUCCGGUUUGAUCAGGUGGUUGGCAUUGAAAGCGCUUGAAAAGGGCGGAGAGAAUGGACACGCACUGUACUUCUACCUUUAUGCCUUCUUCUUUUGCCUGGGGAGUUUUAUCGGCAAUGACCCGAUCAUCUUGUCCGGCACAGCAUUUUUGGCAUAUAUGACCCGAGUGUCGGACAACAUUCAUACCGCGAGAGCAUGGAUCCACGCUCAGUUCACCGUCGCAAAUGUUGUCUCGGCCAUACUGGUCUCUUCCAACCCGACCAAUCUUGUCCUCGCCGGAGCCUUCGACAUCAAGUUCAUCCACUACACUGCCAACAUGAUUGUCCCUGUCACAGUCACUGGCAUCGUCUUGUUUCCCUUUUUGCUAUACGUUGUCUUUUCUGGAAAGGACGACGUAGAGAAGAGAGACUUCAUCCCGUCCUCGAUCAAACCCAAGUCUUUGCCGGAUGCCAUCAUGAAGCUCAAGCCUGGAAAUCCAAACAUUACUCACGUCAAGGGUGGCGGAGAAGAGGAAAAGGACAAAAAGGCCAACAACGAAAAGGGUAAAAUGCGCAUGGCUGAAGAAAUUAUGAAUCCAUACAUUGACGAGAAGAGCGCGGCGUUCGGAGCCAUCUUGAUGUCUGUGACGCUUGUUACCAUCCUGGUACUCAACGCCGUCAGCCAAACCACAGGCACGCAUCCGGUAUAUUGGGUCACUGUCCCGGCAGCAUUCGUCAUGUGCUGCUGGGACGCCUUUUAUGGUCUAUCUCAAUUGCCCAAGUGGCGGCGGGAUUUUGAGGAAUAUCAGGAGAAGCGUGAUAGGAUUGAACAAGCAGAAUUACAAAGACUGGCAGAGGAGCAGACACCAUCAAGCCAGAUUGCCGAGUCGAAGGCAAAGCACGACCACGGCGGCAAUGGAUCUCGCAGCUCCGCGUUGUCCGAGGAGGAUGAGCUCGUGGGAGGUACAAGGCACGCUGCCAUGAUUGACAAAGAUCGGGUAUCGCAUGUCGAGAGCCCUUCGUCGUCGCCAAACUUGAGAUCUGCAACUUUUCCUAUCGCCAUGGCCCGGGUCAAUGGGUCCCUCUCGAGAACCACGAAUGAAAAAAUUUACGACGAACACUUUGCACAUGGCGCUCUCUCUUCACCGACCACCAACGGAAAACCGGUCAUGGGGACAAGUUCGACGGCGAACGAGAAAGAGGAAAGGUCGAGCGACGACAUGUCUGAAGAGUUCACCACUCGCCCGAUUUCCGGUCCGACGACGUUCGAAAGUCUUUUCAAACAAACUCUUGGAUGGUUGCAGUCGAAAUUUCCAACUGUGACAGUGGUAGCCGCUCACCUGCCGUUUGCACUUGUACCGUUCGCACUAUCUAUGUUCGUCCUCGUGCAAGGGCUCGUUACGAGGGGCUGGGUCCCGGUAUUCGCAUACGGCUGGGACCAUUGGGUGAACAAGACUGGGACCGUGGGUGCCGUUGGCGGCAUGGGAUUUCUGUCCGUCGUAUUAUGCAAUUUCGCAGGGACGAAUAUUGGCAGUGCCAUCCUUCUUUCUCGUGUGGUUCAAGCGUGGCAGGAAAUCCAUCGCCAGAAUGGGAUUCCGAUCUCAGACCGAACAUUUUGGGCCACGGUUUACAGCAUGGCGAUCGGAGUCAAUUACGGUGCGUUCAGCGCCGUCUUCAGUGCCUCCCUUGCUGGGUUGCUGUGGAGGGAUAUCCUGGAACGCAAGUACAUCGAGGUCAAGCGCCUGGAAUUUGCAAAAGUCAAUCUACCCAUCAUCUCGGUGGCGAUGGCCAUAGGCUGUGCCAUUCUCGUUGCGGAAGUUUACAUCGUUAGAGAUGACUCUCCAUACGACAGAUGA